AUGUACCCGAUAGAAUUGAUUUUGACCAGUGAAUGUGGUAUUCCUACUCCCUUUGUUAUGUCACAACAUCGACGCGCAUGCGUCACUCAUCAACAUAUUUUCGCAAAAACACAAUGUUUCAAUAAUAUUAAACAAAAUAAUACACAAAAUCUGGAUAUAAUAUCAACUGAUUUUGAUAAUAACAAGAUUUCUCAUGCCAAUUUAUUAUAUUACAGAUGGCUCGAUGGAAAAUCCAAACGUAUUACCUCUAGACGACUGGGUAUUUCGUAUGAUAGCAAUAUUCAUGCUAGAGACUCUCUUUCUAUCACUCAACGGGGCAAUAGACAUAUGUACCGAAAAUCUUUGUCCAACUUUAAAUAUAGUUUAAGUCCUAAUCUAAAGACACAGAAACAACAAGAAAUACGUUUUAAAUGCUCCUGCCGUCGUGUAUUUAACAAGAUGCGAUUACCUUCCAAUCACAAAGCAAAAAAUCAAGAUUACUUGGCAAUUGCGCGCAAAUACCAUUUUUUAUUUUUGAAAUCUCAAUAUGUCAAAGUUCCCGUUCGACAUUUAUUGUACAAACAAGCUCACACGAUUCCUAACGCUGAUAACUAUCCAUUUUUGGUUCCUUUUUUUGCGAUGGAUUCAAAUCACAAGAAACAAAUUAUGACUAAACUUAGUCAAGUCCCAGUAACAUCAUCUACACCACCUUCUGAUUACAAUCUGAUUCCAGAUGUAUUCAUACCUGCUAAAUAUCAUGAUAUUAUACCAACGAAUCCAAUUUACGUGAACGAUCGUUAUAUAGCUCCUGGAUCUUGCGAGUGGUUCACUUAUAUGUACAAUGUUGAUGAAUCUUUUUACCCACAAAAUGAUAGAGUGGCACGUUAUGAUAGAAAAAGGAAAUAUAUCCCACUACGCCCAAUUUACCGUUCACAAGCUGUUGGAAAUUACGUUCCGACUCAUAUUGUAGAAAAAGCUCAAAUGGAAUACAAGGAAAAACUGAAGGCGGUCGCCUUACGCAAAGAAUCAGCUUUUUAUGGAACUACUCCCAAGCAUUAUUACUCUCGGGUGAAUACCAUUAAAUUCCUAACUGAGGCAUCAGAUAACUUCCACGCUCGCAUACCCAAAUAUUUGGUGAAGAGAAAAGAAAAUCACGAAUACGGUUGUAGUAACGCUACGUUAGACAAACAUUUAAAUAAAUUCUUAAAGAAUAAUAGGCUCCGAACUCAAGGUGCCAUGCGAUUUCCUACACACAUAGUAGCAGAGGUAUCUGACGACACAGCUGAAUUUGAAUACCGCUCCAAUAAACGGGACAACGCUCAUAAUGAUCAUCAUUAUUUGCCAUUUCUGGAUCAUAAGAUGAAAUGA